AGGAUCCUGGAUCCUCCUCUGGAAACUGGAGGAGCAUCUUCUCCCUCUGACGUCAUGACAGCAGCAUCAGCUGUUAGCUCCGCCGUAAGCCUUUCCGCCGCCUGCCGCUUCCCGCAAAAAGGAAAUAUAUGAGAUCCCCUCUCAGCCCUGAAAUGGCGACACAGGAGGUUCCGCUGAACGAGACUCUGGCUCACCUCAAAACGGAGUCGGAGACGCUGAAGCUGAAGCUGGAGGAGGAACGAGCGAAGCUGCACGAUGUCGAGUUGCAUCAGGUGGCCGAGAAGGUGGAAGGGCUGGGUCAGUUUGUCAUGAAGACACGCAGAACUCUGAAGGGACACGGAAACAAAGUCCUGUGCAUGGACUGGUGCAAAGACAAGAGGAGAAUCGUCAGCUCCUCACAGGAUGGGAAAGUGAUCGUAUGGGAUGCCUUCACCACCAACAAGGAGCACGCAGUGACAAUGCCUUGCACCUGGGUGAUGGCCUGUGCUUAUGCCCCCUCUGGAUGUGCUGUAGCCUGUGGGGGUCUGGACAAUAAAUGCUCAGUGUAUCCUCUGUCUCUGGACAAGAAUGAGAACUUGGCGGCAAAGAAGAAGUCAGUGGCCAUGCACACCAACUACCUGUCUGCCUGUAGCUUCACUAAUUCAGACAUGCAGAUCCUGACCUCCAGUGGGGAUGGGACCUGUGCAUUAUGGGAUGUUGAAAGUGGGCAGCUGUUGCAGAGUUUCCAUGGACAUGCAGCAGACGUGCUCUGUCUGGACCUGGCGCCAUCUGAGACUGGGAACACGUUUGUUUCUGGGGGCUGCGAUAAGAAAGCCAACGUGUGGGACAUGCGCUCCGGGCAAUGCAUUCAGUCCUUUGAAACUCAUGAGUCAGACAUAAACAGUGUGCGAUACUAUCCCAGUGGAGAUGCUUUUGCUUCCGGCUCAGAUGACGCCACAUGCCGCCUGUAUGAUUUAAGGGCAGACAGAGAAGUUGCUAUUUACUCCAAGGAGAGCAUCAUAUUUGGGGUCUCCAGUGUUGAUUUCUCCCUCAGCGGCCGGUUACUAUUUGGAGGCUACAACGACUACACCAUAAAUGUCUGGGAUGUUCUAAAAGGUACACGAGUCUCUAUUCUGUUUGGACACGAGAACCGUGUCAGCACACUGCGAGUCUCACCCGACGGGACGGCUUUCUGCACAGGAUCCUGGGACCACACUCUUCGGAUCUGGGCCUAAGACACAAAAAACCAAAUAGCAGACAGACUUAAAUGGCCACUUACUUUUCUGUUUGCUCAGGUGCAGCCACCACAAGCUGAGUUUUGGUUGUACAUACAGCAUAUCAAUAGCACUGUAUAUAUACUCCAGUUUGCUGGCAAGGAUAGAUUUACAUGUUUGAAAGUGUAAUUAAACCAAAAUGGCAUGCUUGCAUAGCACUAUGAAUAAAAGAGAAUUGCACAGAAGUAUUUUUGGGUUCAACUUACAAUGUAGAAAGCCUUUUGCAAAAAAUAUUGGUGGUAGUACCUUGCAUUGGCCUAGGGUAGAAGUGACACAAUAAAGUGGUGUAUUGUAUGUGUGCACAUAAAGGAAAAUGUUUUUAUUUAUUCAUUUUUGUCGGUGAUGGUAGAGAAUACUGUCUGAAGAUUAAAAAGCUAUGAAAUAAUCUAUUUAACAUAGACUGAAGGGAGAGUAGAAGAACGGUGAGGGUAAUAGAGAGAGUAGCAAGAAUGGCUUAAAGAAAUUAUUUAAUCUUGUCAGGAUGUUUACAUACUUAAUUAAGUUAGAACUAAAUACUUGGCUAGAAAACAUGCACUGGCAUGAAACUUCUUUGGCCAGAAUUACUAAAGUUUGUGAAACCUUUAAGAGUCAAAAAGUGACAAAAUGCAUCAGCGCAUGUCCUUUGCAAAAUAAUAUUUACUGCUAAAACUAAACAUUGGUUUUAUUUCCUGAGACAGCUGUGUCCAGGUAUGGAAGUAGCUUAGAAUUCACACAAGUUUUUCAUCCCUUUCUAAAAAUCUAUGAAAACUGAUACUAUUAAAAUUUGAAUGUGCUCCUUUUGAUGCAGUUGGAACAAACGCCAUGGCUGUUGUUUCAUAUUUACUGUAAUUACUUUAUUGUAGUUGAGUGUACAGACAUUCAAGGGACUGUUAAUCUGAAUACUACAAACAUAAUAAAUUCUGUUUGAAAUAUCA